CGAUGAGCCACGUGGUGACAUCAUCAGCCGCCAGCACAUACUCCGGGAUUCACAUAGCCGGAGAGUUUCAGGCUCAAUUGGACUUCCAAGUUCGCAUCCCACUAGGAGAGCAUCAACUCUGCAGCACUUUCGCCUCUACCAUCAUGAGCUACGACCUUGGAAAAGCUGUCGGUUUCAAGUCCAAAGACCAACCAGUUUCGUGGACUCGUAAAGACAUCAUCACGUAUGCUAUCGGGGUAGGCGCAAAACAUGACGAGCUGUCUUUGGUAUAUGAGCUUGACAAGUCAUGGGGACCACUACCGACAUAUCCUGUGGUGCUUGGGCUGAAAGGCGAUGACCAGGAUGUCACCUUGUUCGCAGCCAAAACGGGCGGUGAACCUCUUCCGGGUCUUCCGAAGCUGAACUCCGGCAGGGUGGUCCACGCAACUCAAAGCAUUGAAAUCCUGAAAGACCUUCCGGUGGCUAGCGGAUCCGGCUGGAAGCUCUCUCGAAGAGUAGUUGGCGUACACGAGAACAAGUCUGGAAUCAUUAUCGACAAUGAAGCCAUAUUGCUCGACCCUCGUGAUGUUCCCUAUGCGAAGCUUUACAGUUCAGCCUUUUACCUUGGUUCAAAGGCCAACGGAGACAAGUUCUCUAAAGCUAUUGCAGCCCCACCUCAGGCGAAGCCUGUCCCUAAGGACCGAAAACCGGAUUGGGUUGUCCGGGACAAGACGACACCAGAGCAAGCCCUGAUUUACAGGCUGAGCGGUGAUUACAACCCUCUGCACAUUGACCCGGAACUUGGUAAAGUGAUGGGCUUUGGUGGUGUGAUUUUGCAUGGGCUGUCAAGUUAUGGGUUCGCUGCAAGAGGUUUGAUUCAGGUGAUAGCCAACGGGAAUUCCCGCGCCCUGACGGUCUUUGGCGCGAGGUUCACAUCGCCUGUAAAGCCUGGUGAUGAGCUCGAGACGUCAGCUUGGGAAGUUGGUCCUGGUCCGAACGGCACCUCAGAGAUUACGUUUAUCACGAAGAACUUGACAUCUGGCAAAGUUGCAUUGGGCAAUGGUGUUGCCUUUAUCAAGAAGGCAGAAAAGAGCAAGUUGUAGUCGAGAGUUGCUAUGUUGGCCAUGUAUCUAUAUUGACAAUGAAUUGCAUCAACUUUUACAUGUAAC